GUUAUACUAUCUGACUAUGUAGUAUUCCCUUACUUCUCUAUUCGCAUUAGCGCACCCAACUAACUUCCUUAUGCCAAAGGAGGAUUCACGAUUGUGGGUUGGUAUGUGCGUGCAUUACAAGUACCUAUAUGGUUUAUGCAUGUCAAGAUUUAUGUAGUAUUAACCUUAUGCUACCCUACUGUUGCACUACCUACCUCAUACCUCUAACAUAACUAACAUAAUACUACCUAAUGGUAUGCAUUGUAGAAUACACGAAACCCGCGGGAUUGUGCUAGAGCCUUAUCUAAGUGGUACCGUUCCUGGCGUUCAAACCCGCGGCUCUCCACAACUUCCACCGUCUCAUCGUUUUUGUGUUACACCCAACCGCUCUGGUACUACUCGAAAACGUCCGGCAUUCGUUGGCUGUUGGUAAACAAAAAAAAAAAAAAAAAAAAGAAAGAAAACGGACCAUAAAAAAAAACACCCGAGCCAGAUGCCCCCCGGUCCAAUAGCAGGACCUUCCACGGCCUCAUGCAGCCCGGCGCCCUACGGCCAAGCCUGUGUCGCUUGCUCCCGUGCCAAAUGCAAAUGCUUCUAUCGGGCUGAUGGGUCUUCGUGUGAACGGUGCCACCGUCUUGGGAAAACAUGUGAGCCGGCUUUCACAGCUCGCAAAAGGAAAGCCCGUAGAUCACCACCACCUCCUCCGGCUCCUCCUCUACAGCCAACUGUUAUCGUGCAACAACCCCCGCUUUCAACUAAUAGCACCCGAGUCGAGGAGAAGUUGGAUGAGCUUGUAAGCCUGUUGCGUUCUCAAGCCGCCGAGAAACAACAAACACAACAACAACAGCAGCAGCAGCAGCAUACGCCACCAUCAUUACCGGAGGGCAUCUUCACUGGUGGUGGUGAUGGUGGCGGUGGUGGUGGUUAUACUAACUCCAUGUCUCCAAUAUCUAUAACCCUACCCGUGCGUGAGCACCCAGAUAUCGCCGUAGACUCAACUGCUACUAUCGUACACCUAUUACGCCCUGCUCCUCCUAUAACACCAUCCCCCAUAGCCAUUGAUGUGUCUGGUCAUAGAAUACCAGACCACACUGCACAAGAUCUAUUAGACACCUUCCGCCGAUCCUUUAUCCCCUUGUGCCCCGUUGUCCAUAUCCCCUUGUCGACGAGCGCCGCUGAGCUGCGCCGUGACAAGCCUUUUCUAUGGCUCGUCGUCAUGUCCUUAGCCUGCAAGUCCAUCUCGCAGCAGUCCGAAUUAGCAGAUGCGAUCUGGCACAUCAUAUCAAACAGGGUAGUUUUGCAACAUAUUAUUGAUCUAGAUGUACUCCUCGGCAUCGUCUGCUUCGGCACUUGGUCCUAUCAUCUCAAGGAGGAUAAACCACACAUGUGCAUGCUUGCUCAGUUAGCUGUUACGGUAGCCCUCGAAUUAAAUAUCCAUCACGAUGUCUCAACACGUCCGCAGCGGCGUAGUCGAUUUCCAAGUCAGCGACAGGCUGAUCAGCGUCCCCGGACCAUGGAAGAGCGGCGGACUAUGCUGGCCUUAUUUCACCUCACAUCUGCCACCUGGUUAAGAUACAGGCUAACCGAGCCUCUCCGUUGGACAUCGUACUUGGAUGACUGCCUCCGUAUCCUCGAGGAAGGAAAGGAGACGUAUUUGGACAUACUUCUGGCUAUGCAGGUCAGAUGUCAGAUCAUUAUAAAUCAGUUAACCUGCCCCCCCGGAGACCAACCCCCGGGAGUGGAAACCCCUAAAAUAACGGCCCCUUCCCUAGUUGCGGCCCUGGUAAGAGAACUUCACAAUAUACGACGCAAAUUACCAGCAGAUAUUGAAGCAAUGAUAACCGCACAGUUCUACCUGUGUUUUGCGGAGAUGAAAAUCCGGGAAACCGUACUCUACAGGCCUAGAACCACAGACCAGACGGGCACCGCACAGUUCCAGCGGUUGCAAGAUCUAGACGCGGUCUUAACCAUGGCGGAGCGGUGGUUUUCCAUGACAACCACCCUGCCUCCCGCCGACUGGCACGGCUUGACCGCCGACCUCUUCACCCACUGCACGCAGUACCUGAUCGUGCUCUUCCGACUCGCCACCCUCGACGAGCCCGGCUGGGACCUGGACGACGUGAGGCGGAGGGCCGACGUCUUCGCCGUCAUAGACCGCUGCAUCCUGGAGGUCGAGCGCGUCCCGCCCGCGUUGGGCAUGGUGGACGCCGAGGGCGCGCGGAGCGGCUUCUUCUUCAAAUUACCGCUACUGCUCCGGGACGUGAAGGUGCUAUUCAUAGCAGAGAUGCAGCAGCAGCAGCAACAGCAACAGCAACAGCAGUCAAAUCCGCAGCUAAACCCCGGCCGCGGCCCCGGAUUCCCCGCCGCGGAUAACAUCGCCACAAGUGACGGUCUGAACAAGAACAACGACAACAACAACAAUAGCAACAACACCAAUACCAAUACAAAUAAUAACCGUAAUAAUAACAUCAUGCCCGGGUUCGGCGAAGACAUGUCGUUCGCGGACGAGAACUACUUGAAUAUGGUGCAGGAGGAGAUGCUGGCUCAUGUCUGGGAUUUCAGGCCGGAUGCUUCUUACCUGAUGCCUUUCCUGCCGUAGAUGGAGGACAGGAUCUAAGAUUACUUUCGGAGGUAACAUGGGUAUGGAAUGACUACUGUAUAUACAUACAUUAGAGUGCCUGGUACCUCCUAUCCGAGAGAUCCCACUCAAGACAUUAGACAUUACUUACCUCC